GUUGAAUUUUUGAGGUUAGGUAGUUUAUUUGCUCAGUGGUUAGGUUACUGAAUCAACUGGAUUGAAUGUCCAUGUUGAUAUUAUUAUAGAUUCUAUUCUAUUUAAAAUAUAUUCUACUACUUCAGUUAAUGAGUCUAGAUAGUUUAAUAUUUAAUUGAGUAAAGUAAUAGUGGAUUAACGUAGUUCCAGUGUUUUUGAUAAUUGUACAAUUCCCAAAGGAAUCACAUUUUUAUUCAACGUGUGUUAUUUUAGCCUUUACGAUAUUAUUAAAUGGGGGUUAUAAUGACUGAACAAAAAAAGAAGCCACUCAAAAUCAAUACAAUAAAAGCAAAGUUAACGGAAGAGUUCAACUUCUUGAAAAAUGUAUUUUCCGUUUUGACUAUACCAUCUCAGGCCAAAGAUGAUGAUGACAAUUUGGGCUAUGAAAUGGUGAAAGGCAAAAAUGAAAAUGAAGAAAGUAAUCUUCCAAAAAGAGCUCGUACCAUAACAGAGCUUGAGGAAAGAUUGGAAAAACUUAAAUCUAAGAGCAAUUUCAACUUAAAAACAAAAUUAAUGAAGAAAAGCUUAACCAGUAAACUGAACAAGAAAAUAAAGAAGAAGGAAAGAUUAAACAAAACUCAUGUGAAGCCGGUAGUGGACGGCCCACUGCUCAGCACAGAGAAGAAGGAAGUUAAGGAAAAGGUGGCACCUAAUGUUGCCAAGCCUGUGUUCAAUAAUGAUGGAAAAUUGGUGUUUUCUAAGUUUGAUUUUGCCAACAUUGGAAAGAAAGAUAAAACAAGCAAAGUUGAAAAGGAUCCCAAAAAAAUAUUAGAAAACAUGGAAAAGCAGAAGGAAAAGUUCAGACAGUUAGAAGAAAAUGAAGACACAGCUAAAGUGCAAGAAAUAAAGGAAAAAAUGGCUUGGAAAAGUAUUCUUCAGAAAGCAGAAGGUCAAAAAGUUAAAGAUGAUCCUAUACUUCUCAAGAAAUCAAUAAAGAAAAUGGACCAGAAGAAGAAACACAGUAAAAAGGCUUGGGAUACGAGAAUAAGCAAUGUAGAACAGAAGAAACAGGACAGACAGAAGAAGAGACAAGAGAACAUAUCAAAGAAGAAGAAAGAAAAGAAAUCGAAGGUCCACAAAGCUGCAGCCAAGAGAGGAAGAGUGGUUAUAUAGUUUUAAUGUGUCUUUUACCACUUAUUAUUUACGCUAAAAUAAACUUUGACGAACUU